UACUAGUAUACUAGAACUAGUAGAGCAAUUUUUGAAACAAAUUGAUUUAGAUAGAAGAACAAAAUGCGGACUAGACUUGCUCGCCUUGGCCCCAGUAGUUGCGACGCGCCAAGGCCUUCACGUCUGCGCAGCUCCAUGAUGAAGUGUGGGCUUUCACUUGCACCUUCUUGUCGCAGUUCCAGUUUCUGUCUGAACAAGAUUGCGACUAUUGGCCUUUUGCUGUUUUGUCGAUACAAUUUUGCCGUUUUGUUCUUUGGUUCUUUCGCUGCAUAUUACGAAACAGCCAGUCUUGAUUCCCCUGGUGCUACAACUUCGAGAACUACAUCAAACGGUAGUAGAAUCCGGAGCGAUGCGGUAGCUGCGGGUGUGCCGUUGUUUACCGCCGCUGUGGACAAAAAAACGACUUCGGCUACUGGAACUCGUCGUGCCAUGCUCCUCUUUGCAGAAGCUGCAUUUGUGCCUCCUGCUCGUCCUUCCGUUGAUUCUGCGUCCACCAGUAGAGCCUUUCUACUGCGGGAGCAACAUCAAAGGAGUCCUGGGAAAAACAUAAGAGCUUUGCUAGAGCAACUACGUGCAUCUUCUUCAAGUUCUUCAUCCUCAAGUCGAAGCGAUCUUCCUACACGGUGUCGACGCCAUGACCUAUUUGGGGAUAUCGAUGGGACUGCAUCUACGAGUCGUAUUCGUAGCGCCCUUCUUAAACUCAAACAUGUAUGGUUCUGGUAUUUUUGGUAUCCCCUGAAUUUGAUCCGAAGGGUUCUCUUCUUGUUUUCCCUUAGGAUCAAAUUCAGGCUAUACCAAAAAUACCAGAACCAUUCAAAACAAUUGCAAACGAAACCUGAAAAAGAGUCCUGUACAGCACAAGAAAUGCAACCAAUUCGGCAUGUAACAGCACCUGAAGAAUUGACGCAAGAGCACCAUGAGAGUUCUGGAGCAGCCUCAUCGACUUGUAUUCCCCAUCUUCGCGCCUCCUCAAGUAGACGACCGCAUUCAGAACCACCUGGAGCAGGAAAUGUAGUAUAUUCUACGUCAAAUCAUCGCAGGGCUCACGCUCAGCUUGGAGAUGUGAUGUAUGGUUCUGGUAUUUGGUAACCUGAAUUUGAUCCUAAGGGUUCUCUUCUUGUUUUCCCUUAGGAUCAAACUCAGGUUACCAAAUACCGGAUCCAUUCAUGUGAGAAAUGUCUUAGCCUCUCAACAACAUCCUCAGCUACAUGUAGUACAACAUGGGCAAACCUUAGGAGGACGAACUCGUGCAUUUAUUUCUCGAUGUACUACAACAGCUCCUCGUCCAGAAGAAGGACGAGAGGAAGAACACGGUUGGAGGGAGUUAGAAACCUUGAUGGAUCCUUCUAGUGAAAGAAGACGUGGUGGAACUAUCAUAAGAGGAAAAACGACGUCAGCGGAGCAUCAUGAAAGAACUACUUCAGCUCAUGAAGAGUCGGAAGAAUUUGAUGAUUCAAUGGCAUACUCGUUUUACCCAGCAGCACUUAGACGAGACUACGAUUCUGAAUCUGCCUAUAAUUCUUCAGACGAUGACGAGGAAAGGAGGGAAGUAGGACGAGUUGGCUCUUCUUCAUCUUUUUCAUCCUGCUGGCACGGCCUCCAUGCUUCACGGUUGUGCCGGCUUUUGCGAUCACUUUUUGAGGGGUCAGUCACGGCGCAUUCAAAUCUUUUCCGACCUGGUGACAGGGCAGAUGGGUACGGAAGAUCGUGGCAGUUGCACACAGCAAAUUCGCCUAAUCGACUUACAACGCCACUGCUUUCACGACCCCGUGACGAUGUGUCUACAGGUGAAUUCGCCACAGAAAAUCCAAGCAGCUGUGAUGAAGAAACAGAGAAACGCCGGAUAGGGGGACGAACAAGGAGUUCUAGCAGUCAAUCUCGUGGCUCUGGUAGUCGUAGUGCUGCGAGCAGCCCUACUACUGGUGUAAGGAAUUCAUACACGAGUUGUACUUCUAGAACUACAACUCCUUCAUCUCCGGUUCCUGGUAGUGCAUACCCUACGCCAGAACAUCAGAACUCGUCUAUUAAGGAUUCAAUGUAGUUGGCCUAUCUAAGAGCGUAUCCGUGAACGUGAUGGCCUAUCAUCUAAAAGCAUUGGGUCCAUGACGUUUUGUCGAGAAAAAACCAUGCGUAGAUGGAUAUCCAUAUGGGAAGUAGCACCAGUUGAUAGGUACUAGGUCAACUGAAAACUACGCCUAAGUCUAGUACGUCUCGCCAGUCGAGUGGUGGCAGCAGCUAUGAAGGCGGCACCGGCAGCACCGAGUCGUGGGCAGGGGUGAGCCCGGUCGAAGUGGCACUACAUAGAAUGCAGAGAGACCGCAACAGAUACGAUAGAGACAGUCAAGACAUGUUGUACUUUGGGGGUGCACCGGAGGCGGAAUGAAUUUCUUUUCUUCUAUCAAGUGGAUGAUUAACAACAUGAAGCAGCACGAAAGAAAAACAGAAUACAUGGAAAUUCUUCAGGAUGCAUCUAUACGGCCUGAUGAAAUAUGACGAAACUACAUAAAAUUUCUGCAUCUGCUACACUAUUCAGGCCGUUGCGUAUGAAGACGACUCAUACAACUUUUAUUCAUCUACUUUGUUUUACUUAUACUCAAUUUGAUUACGUACAACAACAACAUUUGAGGAUCUUCUAGUUCGUGACCUUGAUCUUGAUGGCAGCAAUUCGCUUUUGAUUCAGAAAAAAAAGUAUUGAAUGUAACCGGGUCAGAAACUAAACCUGAUAGUGGCGCAGUGUUUCUGUCCCAUCGUGGCCCGCUGAGAUUGCCCCGGUCAGUGCAGACAUAUAGAGUAGCAGAGUACACUAGAGGAAAUCGCCCUCUUUCUCAGUAGUAUGGUAAUGGAAACGAAAAACAUCAUUAACAUGCAAAAAGCUGAAGAUAUUCUGAGUAGUCGCACCCUGCGAUUAUACUACAGACCUACUUCUUCUUGUCCUUGCAGAUGAGACACAUAGAGUUGUUGACUGAAAAAGAAAUGCAACGGUCGUAGAAGUGCCUUUUAUGGUGUAUUGGUGGGUGCGAGAAGCAUG